CCUGGCGCUGCUCAGUACACGCAACAUGGCGGAGAGAGACAGCGAGCAGCUGCGGUCCACACGGUCGUGUCCUCCGCCACCGCAGUAGAAGUGUUCGGUGUUGGGUCACGUCUCUGGACUCUCAGGUGAAACAGUGAGGAGACAAGUUUGACACUACCGGAGAAAAAACUCGUGGAAAUGAGUCGCGAGUGAGGAAUUGGAGAUGAACCGACACGCAACAGACGUCCAGGAGUUGGCGCAGGACAGCGUCCCCUCCCCACCGCUGCCUGCUGAUCAUGUGCUCAACUCUGCAGCCGUGUUGUUCCCUGGUGCUUUUGAUCAACAAGGCUGCCCUCUGAUCGUGUUCCCAGCAGAUGAACAAGCCAAACUCUCCUCAGAGCUCAGCAAAGCAGAAGUGGUGGACUUCAUAAAGUACUUUCUGUGUCUGCACAAUAAGAAGCAGGAGAAGGAGAGUUUGGUGUCAGUGGUGGCUGAUCUGAGACAUGCCUCGCUCCCUACGACCAGGUUUAUCGCUGAGACUCUGCUCCUGCUUGAGCUGCACAAGCGAACAGUCCACAGUGUGUACAUAAUUCAGCCCAAAAAGAAGGAAAAUAUCAAGCUGUUGCUGAAACUCCUGGCUCCGUCAAAGUCUUACACUGUCUCUUUCAAGAAAGUCCUGUUGAAAGAAAUCUCUGAGCUCUCCAACUACAUUGAUCGGAGCCAGCUAACGGCAUCACUGGGCGGCUACUUUAUUUACUGUCACCAGAGUUGGGUUGCCUUCGUCAAGGAGAUUGAUGAGUUUGUUAAGGAGUUCCUGUGUGUGGUCCAGCGGCUGCCCUCCUGUAUCUCCACCCUGCAGGCUCUGUCCAGGCUGCCGCUGCCCUCCACCUUUGCCGAGCUCCAGCACUUCUGCUCCACCAAUGAAGCAAAGUUUCAGCAGCUCAGGAGGGAGCUGGGGCUGGAUGAACUGCAAAGGCAUUGUGAGAGUGUUAUGCAGAAGCUGCGUUACCCCGAGCAGGAGCCGUGCUACCAGGCGAUGGCUGGCACUGCUCUCUUCACCCACACUGCCUUCGACAUGCUGCAGAACCACAGCAGGAUCACUGCAGCUGUGGAAAAAGUGGAGCUGCUGUGGCAGCAGGCCUUUUCUAAGGCCCGUCUCCAGCUGCGGAUGUUCCAGCUGCGAGAUGAUGCUCUGCAGAUCACAGAGCAGAUCAAAACUCUUCUUCAGGAGAAACUCCAGCCUUACAAAAUAGAGAUCGCCAAGGAUGCUGACAAGGCAGUGAAGCUGGUGUCUGAAUUUGAGACAUCCAUUUACACUCCUGCUAUGGCACUGGUUCACUGUGCUGAGGAUGUGAUCCACACAGUAGCAGAGAUCCUACUGUUUGAUGGUCAGACCAGGGAGCGCUGGGUUCUGGAUGUGGAGAGGCUCAAGGAGAAACUCAGCUCUGCUGUGCACUUCAUUCUCCAAACCCUCAGAGCAGUUUCCAACUACCAUCAUUACUACAACAAGGCCAGCAGCUGGUACAGUCUGGUCCUCUGUGAGAACAUCCUCCAGGUGCUGCUGUCAGGGGUUAAUGGAGACAGUGGUUCCACACAGAGGCAGAGGAGGCACUGGGGGUCGAUUCCUGCAUGGAGGUACAAAAUGUCCACUUUCCUGAAGAAGAAUCCCCCUCCAGAUAUGGAGGAGCUGGUUUAUCUGGCUCAUCUGUCUAAUGCCAUCCCAGAUGAUGACAUCAAGAAGGCCGGCAAGCAGAUGUCUCAGCGGUGCGUGACCCUGAGGAAACUCCUAAUGUCUUCUCAACCUGUGGCUGUCAGUGACCUCCAGCUGGCCUUACAGUGGCAGUACGAUUUGUUGCGGAGUAGCCGUGUAAAUAAGUCCUCUGCCUCUGCCUCUGCCGACGGUACUACAGACAGAACAAAAUGGAAGGAUGUUCAAGACCUCACCAAAUGCGAAAGUAGCAAGGAAGCAGUCCAUCUUCUAAGAACACCUCCUUCGACCACGGCAUCUGGGAUGGUGUCAGCUGAGGGCAAACCCUCCUCCCUCAGCUCAUUCGACUCAGGCUUCGAUGGAGCUGGGAGCAGCCAGCUGGAGGCCUGUGGGGGGAGGGAAGGAGUGGAAGGUCUGUCCAGAUUGGCUGGGAGCAGGGACUUUGUGAGACCUGCUAUGAGUCAGCCUCAAAUCCAUACAGAGAAUCUCUCCAGUGUUUCAGACUCUGAAGAUCACAGAGAGGAGUUUGACCUUGGCUCUGUGGGAAACUCCUCUAGGGCCAGCAUCCAGAUCAUCCCUAAAGUAACCGUGGAUUCCCUCAACUUGGAGAUCAAGGUCAAGCGCUCAGCUGCACUACCCAGUAAUCCUUGGCUUAGCUUGCCGGUAGACGAUCUGGAAAACUCUUACACAGUUACCAUCACGCAAAACCCAACACAACAGAGGGACCUGCAGUUCCAUGAUCCCUCUGACCCCUACACUAAUGCCAACCAGGCCAGCAGGUCUCGAGAUCAGCCCACACAGACGGAGGUGUUGACCAGCACACAGCCCAGAGAGCCACAGAACAGGGACUGGACACUGCAGUCACAAAGCAGUUUAGAGGAUCCUGAACUAAGUCCCAUUCGCAACAUCCUCUCCAGCACUAUCACAGAAACAGGAGGAGACAAGUCCAUGUGCACCACACAGGGGAUUCCUACUCUUCUCUGGGAUUCUUAUGACCUCCAUGACCAGAAUCGGGAUGCUGUUGAUGGUGUGAUAGAUCUUUCCCUUAAUGACUGGGAUGUGAAGGAGCAGGAGGAUUUGCGGGAGGUGGAAAAGAUCCUGGACAGGACUGAUGAAAUACUAGAGAGAGAAGAAAAUGUUCUGGCUCAGGAGGCUGUGCUGGAGGCCCUGCUGAGGUCUGAGAAGAGGCGGAAUCAGUGGCCGCUGUGGGACAGUGAGGACCAGCUUGGUGCGAUGUCAUCCAGCGAGCUGGCUGAAGCUGGUGUUCUUGGCUUUGAGGAUUACCUCAACCCUGCAGAAUCCGACAACCUUAGUGAACCCGGAUCAACUGGAUCAGCAAGUGAAAUUAAGGCCUCUGAAGAUGAUGGACACUGCUCUGAAGAUGCUACAGGAGCAGAUACACUAGCAUUUUACAGCAGACCGGACCUGCUGCAGGAGCUGAAGAAAGUCCACAUCCUGGAUGAGCUGAUCAUGGAGGAGAACCUGAAGAUCCAUGAGUUCCGAAGCCGCAAAGAAAACCUCAAAGAGGAACUCUCUGUUAGCUAUCCUGCGGAUACAAACGGACUGUCAAGUGUGAACAAAGACAGGGAGGCUUUUCGGUUACAACUGGAAAAGGAGAAAAAGGAGGUGGAGAAGCUUGAGAAGAGUUUGGACAAAGAGAGUAAAGUGAAGAAGCCCAAGGACAGAGCUAGCAAGGUUAUAAAAUGUUCUAUAAUGGAAUGGGCUACAAGUGAGAAUAAGGAAGACCAAGCACUCUGUGAUGAACUUUUAUCAGGUAGCUAUAACCGAUCACAGAGAACACAUCCACCAUCUUUGGUCCAGAAUGAUUCUCAGGCUCAAGAUACGUAUAAAACUGAAAAAGUUCAAGCAGUAUUGGGUCCUGAUGUUGCCAAAGAGACUACAACACAAGACUUGGUUCAACUUCCACAUUCCAAAUGUCUGGAUCAUUGCUCUGCAGCUGAGCCAUCAGUAUAUAUUGGAGCUACCUUAGAUAGUAUAUCUGUUUUGAAGGAACCUCCUGAAGAGUUGGUAAUCCAACCUCAAGGAUGUAUCAAUGGGAAAAUAUUAGAUAAAUCUGGUGAAAAUGCUUCUUUAACCUCUGAAACAAGACCAGAUGAUGGAGUGUUUGACCCAGGUGGAGAAUCACACCUUCCUUCUGUGCCUAAGCCAAGACGGGCUUUGCUCCUUGUGAACACCCAGCUCAUUGAACACGAACCUCAUUCCACCGAGCUGCAGAAGCCAGCUGGCUCCUCAGUCACUCAAGAUCAAGGCUUUGUGCAAUUUGAUCUGCAAGAUAAACCGAUUGAUGCGCUGCCAGAGAAUGUGACUCCAGCAAUCAGCCACAACUUGGUUCCCAGUCCAAAUGUAAAGGAACACAGCUACAACAACAAUGACAACCAUGCACUCACAGAGGAAUGCAAAGUGUCAUUAGACCAGUUGUCUGAAAUAAGCACUAAAGAUGAAGAGGAUACAUCAGCAGUACCUGAAUGUUUGCUGCAGGUAGACUCACACCCAACAGAGGAGGUCAACUCUUUAACUGAAAUAAGCGGCAAAUAUGAAAAUCAAGUUGCUCAAGAUAAAGUCUUUGUGCAGUUUGAGGUGCAAGAGAAACAACUUGAUGAGCCACCAGAGAAUGUGACUCCAGCCAUCAGUCACGACUUGGUUCUCAAUCCAAAUGUGAAGGAGCACAGCAACAACAACAAUAACAACUAUGCCCUCGCAGAGAAAUGCAAAGUGUCAUUAGACCAGUUGUGUGAAAUAACCAAUAAAGAUGAAGACGAUCAAGUCGCUCAAGAUCAAGGUUUCAUGCAAUUUGAUCUGCAAGAUAAAUCACUUGAUGCGCUGCCAGAGAAUGUGACACCAGCCAUCAGUCACAAUUUGGUUCUCAAUCCAAAUGUGAAGGAGCACAGCAACAACAACAAUAACAACUAUGAGUUCACAGAGAAAUGCAAAGUGUCAUUAGACCAGUUGUCUGAAAUAAGUACUGAAGAUGAAGAGGAUACAUCAGCAGUACCUGAAUGUUUGCUGCAGACAGAUUCACAAUCAUCAGAGGAAGAUCAGACUUCAUCUCCUGCAGAUGCGCUCCCACAUCAGCUGUCAGCACCCCAGCUGCAUCCUGACCAGCCUGUGGAGUUUGAUCCCAGUGAAAGAGAUGAGCAGAGUGAAGACUUUGCUGAUGGUGUUCAGAGCUUUGAGGCCAUGAGGGUAUCAGGCUCUGGGUCACCUGUGAUUCAGACCCAUCUUAACAUCAGUACGAGAAAGAUGACGGAUUAUAACACCCCCAUAGUGCUGGAUACAGGUUCUGGUUUGAUGAAAGCAGGAUUUGCAGAUCAAGACCUCCCAAGUGUUAUAUUUCCAACAAUUAUUGGGAUGCCAAAAUAUGAGGAAAUAAUGAAUGGUAGCGUGGACAGGGAGACCUACAUUGGACACGAGGCUCAACACAUGAGAGGAGUCCUGGCUCUGAAACAUCCCAUAAAGAACGGGAUCAUUCGUAACUGGGAUGAAAUGGAAAAGAUCUGGCAUCACACGUUCCAGCAGCUGCGUGUCGAACCAGACGAUCACCCUGUUAUGCUGACCGAGGCAGCCAUGAACCCGUUGGAGAACCGCCAGCGCAUGGUGGAGAUCAUGUUCGAGUCUUUCAAUGUUCCCUUCACAUACAUAGCCAUGCAGGCAGUGCUGGCUCUUUAUGCAGCAGGGAGAUCCACUGGUGUGGUGUUUGACUCUGGAGAUGGAGUGAGCCACAGUGUGCCUGUGUUUGAGGGAUACUGUCUACCUCAUGCAGUGCAGCGCUUCCCUCUGGCUGGUUUGGAUGUUACAAUGCAUCUUAAAAAGCUCCUGCAGGAACAAGGGGUGAGCAUGCGCACCUCAGCAGAGAUGGAGAUAGUGAGGGAGAUAAAGGAGAAGUGCUGCUGUGUGGCUCUCAACUAUGAAGCUGAGCUGAGUCAGGGGGGGCCAUCCUGCAGAGAGAUGUAUUACACCAUGCCAGAUGGACAGAUUGUCACUCUCACCACGGAGAGGUUCAGGGCCCCUGAGAUUCUUUUUAAACCCGAGCUGAUUGGACGGGACCAUUAUGGCAUGCACGAGAGCAUCUUCAAGUCAAUCCUCAGCUCAGACAUUGACCUGCGGCGCUGCUUCCUGGGAAAUAUCGUCCUGUCAGGUGGGAACACUCUGCUGGCUGGCCUGCCUGAGCGGCUCCAGGCUGAAAUCAAAGGACUGGUUCCAACCGACAUGGCAGAGAGCGUCCGAGUCAGCAGCCCCAAGGACAGAGUGUUCUCAGUGUGGAGCGGAGGAGCAGUGCUGGCCAACCUGCCCUCGUUCAGUUCUGCUUGGAUCAGUCAGGAAGAAUACGAGGAGUAUGGGCCGCUGAUUGUCUUCAGGAAAUGCUUCUGAGGCGGACCACUAUGAGGAGUGCACGCUGGCUGGACUCCUGUGUAAUAUACCACUUAAUCUGAUUUCACCAAGUGCAAUAUACAUACAGCUCUAACACAGUGCCAUGGAUACGUCUGAGCCAUUAUAAGCCCUUUUUAUAUGUUUGUCUUUUUUUAUGUAUGAAUGAGUUGUGUGUGGAGUCAGUCUCACCCUCGUCGUCAGCGUGAUCAUAACCUGUGAGCUCUCACUCGACACCAGUGGGAUCCUUUUGACCUGCUGAGUGCUUAAUGCGUCAUCUAAUGAGCUCCACCAACAGGACAUGGAUGAAAUUGGUGUCAUAAAAUUCCUGUCGUUCGACGUUAGUGUUCCUCAAGGACUGUUUACUCUGCCUUAAGUUUCCCGUUUCGGGAAUGUAUUUCUGUGUCUCAAGAAUUUAAGCGCACGUCUGUUAAUGUCUGUGGUGAAGGGACGAGAAUUGAAGCUGGCCUUUGAUUAAUGUCUGCCAACUUUGUUUCUGUAAUAAGCAAUUGAGGGACAUGAAGUGAACUCAGUGUGCUGACUCAAAUAUAUAUUAAUCUAAUAUCAAAUUAUGGCGUGUAUGUAUGCAGCAAUUUAAAUUAAAAUGGGAUUAUACAACAGUUUAAAGUAAAAUUCAAUUAUACAACAAUUUAAUGUAAAUUUGGGUCUAACAAAUUAUUUUUAUGUUUUAGACAUGGUGAAAGUUGCUUUAAUUUAAAUUUGGAUCAGUGCAGCUGUGCAGUCUUCACUAUGACUUUAUUUUUAGCAGGAUUAAAUUAUCUGUACGAUGGGUUAUUAGGGCCAUUUCUAGAAAAAAAAUAGUCCUUAUAAUAUAACAUAAUCCUCAAAGGUUUGUCUUUUUUCAUGUACCAUUUUAACUCUUUUCAAAAUAUGACUAACUUUUUCUUGAAAUGUUCAUUUUUGUCAUAGCAUAUCUUUUUUCUCAAUAAUUAAGUUUUUACUUGUAAUGUAACGACUUUUUCCCCUCAUAAUUACGUCCUUUUUUCAUAACAUUCCAUUUUUUUUCCUUGAAAAAUUCAACUUUAUUCUCAAAAUGUAUGAGUUUUUUUUCCUAGCAGUGGCUCUGAUAAUCAUCAGCUCUCCCAAAUCGAAGCAAAAGAUAACUGUACAUGAAUGUUUCCUGUCGCUGCAGUAAUGUGAAUUGGAGAGAAGAUAUGGAUUUGCAGGAUGUUAAGUUUACAUUGUAGCAAACCGUUAGCAGAAUCAUGUGUCAUAUUUUCCCACUUGAUCCUCCACUUGAGUCAACUUUUGGUUAGUGAAGGUUUGUGUGUAGCCGUAACCCUAAGUGCAAGUCCAUGGAGAAAGAUGUAAAGUGCAGUAUUGGUUGUGAAAUGCCUUUCACUUGGUUUCAGUCUGUUGAAUAAGCAGGUGAUGUUAAAUGCUUCUGCUGCAGGUGCAGUGUUUGUUGUAAAAAUUUAAAGUCUUUUGAAUAUUUUCUAUUUGAGUGCAGUGUCUUUCUAAGAAGUUGUGUGGAUUUUGAACACUUGCUCAGUAGUGUUGAUGUGUGUGAAAGGUGUUCCAGUGGUGCCAAAACGGCUGCAUUUAUAUCAAUACCAUGGAUUCUGAAAACCCCUUUGCCAACCUUGUAUAUUUAUACUUCAUCUAUGUUUUAUCUUUUGCAUGCAGUUAUUUUGUCGUGCAUCAUUUAGUUAAACCUUUUUUUGCAUGUACUUCUUUGUCUGCAUGUUUUUCUUUGGAUUUUUGUGACGUGCCUCUCCUAAAGGCAUGAGGUUUGUCAUGUGACCUAAAGUUCAGCUCUUAGUGGAAAUCACCAUGAAAUGUGACUGGGGACUGUAUUUCUGCCCUUACGUAAGACUCGGUCUGCCUCGUUUACUCGCUGUAGUUUGAACAGGCUCUUUUGUAUCCUCCUCCUCUACAUGUACUGUAACAGUCUGGACUGAGUCUAGCAAUUUUUCAAACCAUGCUAUUUAUGUCAUGUCUGUUUUUAUAAUAAAUCUUUAAAUAAUC